AUGGCCGCCGAGAUCAAGAGGAUGAAGAAGCUAUGCCGCGCCUGCGACCCCCCUACCACUACCAGCACCAGCACCACCACCACCGGCAGCAGCUGCACCGCCGUACCGGAUGAGGAUCUCUCCUCCCUCCUCUCGUCCCUUUCCGUAACCAAGCGCCCGUGCCCUUCCGCCGCCGCCGCCGACCACCACCACCACGCCCUCAAACGCCCACGAUACCACGCCCAACCACUACACGAGCAGAUGCGAGGUACGCCCACGCACAUGAACCAACGCCCGGACGCAUUGUUCUCACACCCAUUGAUUAAUGCAGGACUGGAGAUCCGUUGCGACGAAGACGACAUGGAAGAGGGAAGCACCACCAGCACCCGGCCGCCGCAUUGUCGUGACCGCUUAGAUUGGUCGGGCUUCCUGCCGGAGCUGCUCCGGCUUAUAUGCAGGCGGCUCCCGUUGGCCGACGUCCCCCGGUUUGCAUCAGUAUGCAAGCACUGGAACUCGUGCGCGUUCCCGGUCUACCCGGCCGAUGCCGCCCCCGUCCUGCUCCACACCCUCGUCACCGGUGCCGGCUCGGUCCGCUUCUACUACCCCUACGUGCACAAGAUGUUCGUCCUCUCCACUCCUCGUCAGACACAAGGCAGCAGGGUGUUCUCCGCCGACGGCAAUGGAUGCCUGAUGCUCCGCACGCCGAGGAAUUCCGUCAUGUUUGUUAAUCUCCUUGGCGACGAUGCCGGCCCCGCCGUGUUCGAGACGCCGCCAAGAGAGAAUGACGAAGGGUUCAUGUGUUGCGCGCCACACGGCGAUGGUGAUCGCCCCUACGACCGCAGUAUCUUCGCCGUAUACCCGCACAUGGGCAGAGUAAGGAUCCAGAGCUGGGAUCGGGGAAGCUGGAAGAGCUUUCCUAGUGUUGGAGGUUUCUUUACAAUGUCCUUCUCCUGCAACCCGGUGAUGCACAAGGGGAAGCUGUAUUGCCUAGGGGAAGAUGGGGAUCUUGGAGUGUAUGACCCAAUUAAAACCGAGUGGACAGUGCUCCCCAAACCCACCGGCUUUGGCCCCGGCAUUCCGUACAUGAACUGUUACCUCGUCGAGUCGCAGGGGGAGCUGCUCGCCGCUCUGACGGGCAGCAACAACCAGACGCCCAUUCACGUCCUGAGGCUCAACGAGAAGAAGAUGGAGUGGGAGAGGAUAGAGUCAUUGGGUGGACGCGCGCUCUUCACGGGAACGGCAUCGUCGCUAUUGAUGGCCAGGCCACCCCAGUCCAUGGCCAACAAGGUGUACCUCCCUAGGUUCUACGGCCGUCGUCCUCAGGUCAUCCAGGCAGAGCUCGAAACCUCCGCCGGCCGCCUCUUCUUCGUUCCCAAGGAGGAAACGCUGCUCAAGGAGGAUGCGGAUUGCGGUGACGGCCGCGCUUGGUGCUACGAUCUGGAAUCGAUCUCCUCUAGUGAACAGUUCACAAGGGGUUCCUCCAAGAACCUGCCACAGUACAUGUGGGUUCAUCUUGGCAAUUCUGCCUCUCCCACGUCGGAGUCAGGUGAUGGAAUGGUUAUAGGCUAG